UAUUUUCAACACGUUUGAUCUGACCAAUGAGACGCCUCUGUUCCUUCCAGUGUCGUCGAAGUAAUAUCUGAUCGAUUUGAUUCCUUAUUUCUGUUGCUUUGACUUUGUGAAACCUGUGACGAUUACUACUUGUGAUCUCCCGACGACGAGGGGGAGCUAAAUCCGUCAUUUCCAUUCAGAUCGUUCCUCCAGGUUUCGAGAUGGGUCAGGAAAGCCCUAGUUUCACAGUGGAUGAAGCUCUCGUGGCGAUGGGAUUUGGGAGAUUCCAAUUUCUCGUGCUGGCUUAUGCUGGAAUGGGAUGGGUUUCGGAGGCUAUGGAGAUGAUGCUCCUCUCGUUCGUAGGACCCGCUGUUCAGUCGCUCUGGAAUCUCUCUUCGCAUGAGGAGAGCUUCAUUACCAGCGUCGUUUUCUUCGGUAUGCUGAUCGGAGCUUACUCUUGGGGCAUAGUUUCAGACAAACAUGGUCGGAGGAAAGGGUUUCUGAUAACAGCAGUGGUGACUUUUAUAGCUGGUUUCUUGAGCGCAUUGGCCCCAAACUAUACUUGUCUGAUAGUUCUUCGAUGCUUUGUGGGUCUUGGAUUGGGAGGAGGCCCUGUUCUUGCGUCCUGGUUUCUCGAGUUCAUCCCUGCUCCAAAUCGAGGGACUUGGAUGGUUAUUUUCUCAGCUUUCUGGACGGUUGGAACCAUAUUUGAGGCGUCUCUUGCUUGGUUUGUCAUGCCAAGUUUGGGUUGGAGGUGGUUACUUGCACUCUCUUGUGUUCCUUCAUCGUUGCUUCUUAUAUUCUAUAGGUUGACGCUUGAGUCACCUCGGUAUCUGUGCCUACAAGGCCGGAAAACUGAAGCCCUUGCCAUUCUCGAGACAAUAGCCAGAAUCAACGGAACUGAACUACCGCCUGGUGUCCUUGUCACAGAGGACGAGACUGAGCUGCAAGAGAAGAAGAGCGUUCCAACCGAAAACACUCAUCUCCUCAUGCCUGCAGAAGAUGGAGAUGUGGCCAUUUCCAAGAGAGUGGGUGUUGAAAAGGGACCCAUUUCAUCCAUCUCAAGUCUUCUAUCUCCAGAGUUAAUCAAGCCGACUUUGCUUCUAUGGGUGGUAUUCUUUGGAAACGCUUUUGCAUACUACGGUAUUGUGUUGCUCACCACCGAGUUGAACAAUGGAAACAACAAAUGCUUUCCAACCGAACAAUUCCUGACAAAUUCCGAAGAUGUUAGCUACAAGCACGUUUUCAUUGCCAGUUUUGCAGAGUUUCCAGGGCUUCUGGUGGCUGCUGCAAUGGUGGAUAGAGUAGGAAGGAGGCUUUCGAUGUCGUCGAUGUUUUUCUUGUGUUGCCUCUUCCUUCUUCCGCUCAUAUCUCAUCAGCCUUUAGGUUUAACGACAGCCCUUCUCUUUGGUGCUCGAGUGUGCAUAACGGCUACAUUCACCAUCAUCUACAUCUAUGCUCCAGAGAUAUACCCGACAUCGGUGAGAACGACAGGAGUAGGAGUAGGGAGCUCGGUGGGGAGGAUAGGAGGAAUGGUGUGUCCACUGGUGGCCGUAGGAUUGGUUCAUGGAUGCCACCAGACGGCCUCAAUCUUUCUGUUCCUGUGCAUUAUUCUCCUCUCUGGUAUCUGCGUUUGUUUCUUCCCCUUGGAGACCAGUGGUCGAAAUUUGUCCGACACCGUCCCUUCUGAGAAACCUGAUUCAUCAUCAUCAUCAUCAUCAUCAUCCGUAUAGAUUUUGGACCUGGGAUUCAUUCUUUGUUUUAGUUUAGAUUAAACGUUGAAACCCGAGAUUGUUUUUGGGUGGUUGUAGAGAUUGUUUGAAUCAGUUAAAAGAUUAUGGAUCGUAUUUACUUGUUAUUGAACUCAGAUUUCUUGAAUUGCUGGUUGAAACUCUGGUUGGUGGAAGAUGUAAUGAAGAAGACAAGGCAGUGACCUCUUUGCAGGCAGUUUAAUCAGAAGCUCUUGUUUUU